AUGAGCUCUCGUACUGCUGUCCUUCUCAUUGAUCCGCUCAAUGACUUCCUCCACCCCGAUGGAAAGCUUUAUCCUCUUGUCAAGGCUAGCUUGGAGUCGUCCAACUCUCUUGAACAUAUGAAGGAGCUAACUGCCGGCGCAAGAGAAGCCCGCAUUCCUAUCUUCUAUGGUCUUCACCAAAUCACCAAAGAUGGGGCUUACUCAGGCUGGAACCACAUGAAUGCCUCACAGAUUCAAGCCAAACAGAAUCUUGUCUUUUCCGAAGAGUUUGGUGGCCAGAUCCUGAAAGAACUGGAACCUCAGCCUAGCAAUGGCGAUGUAGUUGUCUCUCGACACUGGAACAGCAGUGCCAGCUCUUUCUCAAACACCGAUCUGGAGUAUCAACUCCGGCAGCAUGAUAUCACCCAUGUUGUGUUGGCAGGCUUAACCACCAACUCAUGUGUAGAGUCUACUGCGCGUGCUGCGCGUGAAAUCGGCUUCCAUGUCACUUUGAUUACGGAUGCAACUGCGGCAUUUUCAAUUGAACUGGAAAAGGCAGCAGUCAAUUUGGUCUGGCCUACAAUUGCAGACCAGCUCAUGACGGUUAACCAGUGGGUAUCUUCCUUUUCAAAGGGGCGUAUUUGA